GGUCCCGUCCCUUUACGAAGACUCGUGCUAUUGUGCUUGUCUCAAGCGGAGUUGCUGCUGCGAUGGGGAAAAGGGAGAUUUUGAAACUUUUCAGAUCUUUGCACAGGACAAGGCAACAAGUUUUCCAAAAUGACAGCAGAGCCCUAGAAGCUGCAAGGCUUAAGAUAAAUGAAGAAUUCAGAAAUAAUAAAGAUGAGACUUCUUCUGAAAGAAUAACUGAGCUUAUGAAAAUAGGUUCAGAUGUAGAAGUUAUACUCAGAACAUCUGUCAUUCAAGGUAUCCAUGUGGACGCCAACAAAAUCUUGCUUGUUCCAAGAAAAGAGGUGCUGCAGGACAACAUGCCUUUCUGUGACACGCCAAAGCAAAAGCCAUGAAUUGGAAGGAAUAGAAUUUAAUGUUGUUUAUUCUUUUUUUCCUUGUAAAUGAAGAUUUCCUGUAAAAGCGUUCUAAACAGUUUUUUAAAAAAACAAGUAUUUAUUGGACUUGUCUUCAGACUUAAAGCAGAAAAAGACUCAGUUGUGUUGGUGCAUACUGGAAAUUAAUGCUAUUGUUCUCGGAUUUAAGACAACAUGAGUGAGUCAAAGCUAUUUUUAAGCCUUUCCAUAACAUUCAUUUCUCCAUGGGAGAAGAUUCGUUUUUUUCACACAUGUUCAGGCAUAUAGCUUUUUCCCCACCAUCAUCAAAAAGUUGCCAGACCAACCUAUUGUAACUUUUAGUUCAGAAUGUUAAAAUGUUUUAGUGUUUGGGUGGUCGGUAAUAUGAUAUAAUUGGCCCUGAGAUUUUGGGAAAACAGUGAAUUAAACAUCUACAGAAAUCAUGUCAAUAAAUAUUAAAAAGGUACCUAAAGUCAUUUAAAGUAGACUCUCCAUUAACCAGAACUCAUGCAACUGGCACUUUCAAGCAACUGGCAAGAGAAUCAAAGAAAUAAUAUUUUAAAUAAAAAUUAAAAUGUAAGUUUAAACUUGAUGCACCAUGCCACACCAUGAGUAAGCCCACGCUUUGUGCAUCAUGUUUGUUUCCCAUUUCCACCAAUUCACUGAUCGGUUGGGAUCUAUUAUUGUUCACAUUUUGUGUUCUCACCCAAGCCAAGGGAUGCUGAAACUGGUCCCAGGAAAGUGGAAAGCAGAACAUGGAAAGAGGACCGAGGCUUGAGAAUGGUGAGAAUCGUGCAGUGCUCAUGGGGAAAUUUAAUGUCAGAUCGUCAACAAUUUAUGACAUUAAGGCUCAGUCUCAAAAGAUAAAGGGGUUUUAUGUUAACCCAGAGAGUGACAAGAGUGUGGAGAAGUGUCAUACUCUUCAUACACCGAAAAUGGAAGUGCUUGACCAGGCCCUGCAUGAGUGACUUUUGCUGAAAAGGUCUGAUGGUGGUUGUAUUUCUGGACCCAUGUUACAGGAAAAAGCAACAGAAUUUCAUGAGAAAAUGAACAUUGAAGGUAAGUGUUCAUUUUCAAGUGGCUGGCUUACCCAAUUCAACGUUCAUCAUGGCAUCCAUAAGCUGGAAUUGUCAGGUGAGCAGAAAUCGGCUGAUUUUGAGGCCACAGCUUCAUUUUGUGAUGUGUUUAGUGAAUUGGUUGCAGAAAAUGGCUUGACCCCAGAGCAGAUUUAAAAUGCAGAUGAGACUUCAUUUAUGUGGAAGUGUCUGCUGAAUUCUACUUUUCCUGGUGGUAAUGAGAGGGUACCUCCUGGGUUCAAGCUAAAUAAAGAAUGUAUAACUGUG